AUGGCGCAAUACUUUGACACAAUCGCCGAUGUGGGCAGCGAUGAGGAGGAGGAUGAGGACUUCGAUGGCGAGGCUGGUGAGGCUGGCGAGCCCAGGCCUAAAAAGACAAAUGGCACCAACGGCAUCGACGACUCCAGCGAGGAGGAAGACGAUGAUGAUGAGGACCGACUCCGACAGGCAAGUUAUAGUGAAGGUGAAGGCUUCGUCGUUGACGAGGAGGAGGACGAAGAAGACGAAGUCGCAGAACGGCGGCGACGGCGCAAGAAGAAGAGAAAGAACCGCGAUGAGGAAGAAGCCCUCGACGACGAAGAUCUUGAUCUGAUCGGCGUUGAAGUGGAGCGUCCAGCGGAAGAACAGGGGAAGACGAGAUUCAAGCGCCUCAAGCGUGGCCACAAAGAGCGCGUCAAGUCCCGCGGUGUCGACGACAUUUUCUCCGACGAAGACGUAAACGAGGACUACGACGAACCGCGGCGUAUUGGCGGCGAUGAAUUCGACGAUUUUAUUGAGGACGACAAAUUUGAAGAUGAGAUCGAAGACGACCGCGACGUUACGCAGCCGGGCAUAAACCUGAUAACCAAAGGACUACAGGCUGCUGGGCUGGAUGAGGGAGCCGAAGAAGACUACAGAGCCGCGUUCGGUGAUGGCACAGACUAUGAUUGGGCGUUGGAGAUGCAAGAGGCGGAAGAGGAAGAGCAAGCUGGCGAAGGCCGUGAGCUCCAACUCAAGGAUGUCUUCGAGCCAUCGCAGCUACAAGAGCGUAUGCUUACGGAUGAGGACAACGUCAUUCGCGAGACCGAUAUCCCGGAGCGCCUGCAGCUAGCCCGAAAGCCCUUCAAGGAAAUCGAACUCACACCAGAGGACAUGCAGGCACGUCUGACCGAGGAAGCCACCUGGAUCAGCAACAUGCUGUGGCCGAAGAAAGGUCUCCCGAGAUAUUUUUCACAGCCCUUCGAAAAAGCCGUGCGUAAAGUUCUCGAGUUCAUCAACAUCGAGGACUACGAAGUUCCCUUCAUCUUCAACCACCGAAAAGACUAUCUCAUUCAUGCACCCAGCGAUCACGAUGACUAUGACGACAUAGACAACCCACCUCCCAUGGACGCGCGACCAGAGCGUCUGCUCAACCAGGCUGACCUCUGGGAGGUCUUUGACUUGGACCUCAAGUUCAGGGCUUUUGCUGAGAAGCGUGACGCCCUAAGGCAAAACUAUGAGAACCUGAAGGCCGUUUACUCUGAGAUUACAGAUACCGAAAUCGAGGAGUUGUCAAACCGCGCCGCCACAAUCGAAGAGAUCCAAGAACUUCAGGACUAUCUGCACUACAAGUAUUCGCAGGAGUUGAACGAGGUCCGCCAGGAAUUGAAUGGAACGCAGAAGCGUGCCAACAACGCACGCAACUUCUUCGACAAGCUGCGGAGCGGGAAGGCACUCCAACUCGUCAAGGCGAUUGGCAUCACACCAGAUGACUUUGCGAAGAAGGUUGACGGAACAAACACUGGCGCGCACACGAUUGAAGAUCCCCCUUACAAGGUCGAGGAACUCGCUGAUCAGCUGGCCGAAGCCCCAGAGACGGGCGCCACUCUGCUCAGAUCCACCAGGUUACUGUUCGUGCAAGAUUUGCAAAUGUGCUCACGGCUGCGCAGAUACUUGCGCGCUAGCUUCUACCAAAACGCUGAGAUUGACUGUCUUCGUACUGACAAGGGCAUGCGCACAAUUACUGAAGACAACCCGUACUAUGAGUUUAAGUACCUGCGUCGAGUCACCUUUGGCGAUCUCCAGGGCCGCCCAGACCUCUUCCUCAAGAUGUUGAAGGCUGAAUCUGAAGGUCUCAUGCAAGUUAGAAUCACCAUGGGCAACUACCCGAACUUCAAGUCGCGUCUUCACAAAGAGAUUGUCUCUGAGGGUGUCAGCGACGUUUCCGAUACUUGGAACGCUCUCCGCAAAGAAUUGCUUGAUACGGCUCUAGAUAAGCUACAAGGUGUUAUUGCGAACGGCGUCAAGGAAACGCUGCGUGCUCGAUGCGAGGAUGAACUUGCCGCCUCGGCAAGAGAAAACUACUACAACAAGCUCGACCAGGCACCCUACAAGUUGAAGACUGCACCUCUCGGAUCUGUUCCUAAUGUUCUCUGCCUAUCGAACGGCAGCGGCAUGCGCGGCGACGCCAUCAUGUGGGCUUAUGUCGAAAACGAUGGUCGCGUCUUAGAGCAUGGCCGUUUGAUCGAUAUGCGUCUUGGCAACCCGGAGCGUAACAUUCCUGAAGGCCAAGACGUCGAGAAACUGGUUGAUGUCAUCCAGCGUCGCCGUCCAGACGUCAUCGGUGUCAGUGGCUUCUCAGUCGAGACUCGCAAAUUGUACAAGGACAUCCAGGAAAUCAUCAACCAGCGUGGCUUGACAGGUCCGGCAUACGAGGACGAGGAUACUGGUGAAGAGAGGAAUGAACCUCUUGAGAUCAUCCUGGUCAACGAUGAGGUUGCCCGCUUAUACCACACCAGUGCUCGAGCGAUCGCAGAGUUCCCCAAACAUCCAGCGCUGACGAGGUACUGUAUCGCCCUUGGAAGGUACCUGCAAAAUCCUCUCGCAGAAUACGCAUCUCUCGGCAAAGACAUUGUUUCCAUCCCUUUCAUACCCAACCAGACUUUAAUACCCCAAGACAAACUUCUAGACCGCCUGGAAACAGCCAUGGUGGACAUGGUCAACCUCGUCGGAAUCGACCUACCGGAGACAUAUGACGACAAGUACCUGUCCAAGUUAAUACCCUACGUGUGCGGUCUGGGACCGCGCAAAGCCGACAGGCUGAUCAAGGCAAUCCAAGCUAAUAGCGAUGAGAUCCUUUCGCGGUUCGACCUCCUUGGUGUAUCUGAGUCCCGAGAUCUCAAGGCGGCCAUGGGACCCAAGGUCUUCCAGAACUGUGCAAGUUUCUUGUACAUCCCUUACGACGCGACCGAAGAAUCAUCGGACUACCUGGAUUACACCCGAGUACAUCCCGAAGAUUACGAUCUUGCACGAAAGAUGGUUGCUGAUGCUUUGAACAUGGACGAGGAAGAUGUAAAGGCAGAGACCGACGAGGGCGGUCCCAGCGCCGUUGUUAGGAAAAUGGUGCGGGAAGAGACCACCGAUCUAGUCAAUGAUCUUGCUCUUGAAGACUACGCUGCGGAGAUUGAGAGGAAUUUUGGACAGCGCAAGCGUGCGACACUCGAAACCAUUCGGGCUGAGCUGGACAACCCCUACGAAGAGAUCCGACAGAUGUUCGCGAUGCUGUCUGGUGAUGAGUUGUUCACGAUGUUGACUGGUGAGACCAAGGACUCCUUGUACGAGGGUAUGGUCGUCCCUGUUACCAUCAGGCGCACUUUCCCAGAUCACAUUGAAGUGAAGCUGGAGUGUGGCAUUGAAGCUGGCGUCUCUGAGUCAGAGUUCCCAGAGGGUGUUGGUGGUGGUGGGCAAGAGCCUCGCCACGUUUUCUCCACCCACCAGAUUGUACGCGCACGCAUUUUGUACCUGAACCGGAAAGCACUUACUGCACAACUAUCGCUCAGGGGCGACCUUAUCCGACAACCGGAAAAGAAGCGUUUCGAGCGAGCAGCCGGAGAAUGGGAUGAGGCACAAGAAGCUCAGGACAAGAAGGCAGCCGAGAAGGAGAAGGAGGUUGCAACUGGCCGACCCAAUCGUGUCGUCAACCACCCGCUCUUCUUUGCGUUCAACACGGUGCAAGCUGAAGAGUACCUUGGUGGCAAAGAGACUGGUGACCUUGUCAUUCGUCCUUCGUCCAAGGGUUUCGAUCAUUUGGUCGUUACAUGGAAGGUCUCCAACAACGCCUACCAACAUCUCGAUGUCUUGGAGAUGAACAAGCCAAACCAGUUUUCCCUCGGCAAGCAGCUCAAGAUUGGAAAGCACACAUACUCCGAUCUCGACGAGUUGAUCGUCAACCAUGUGGAAGCCAUGGCGCGCAAGGUCACCGAAAUCACACGAGACGAUCGAUUCCAACCCGGUACUCGGGAAGACGCCGAAAAAUGGCUAGGAAACUACUGUCAAGCCAACCCGUUACGCUCCAUGUACGCUUUCUGCAGCAUGCCCAAAUACCCCGGUCACUUCUGGAUCUGCUUCCAAAUGAGCGCAAAGGGACCAAAGGGCGCGUGGCCCAUCAAGGUGGUGCCCAACGCGUUCGAGCUACAGAAACAUGUCUACCCUGAUAUGGUCGCGCUAAAGAACGGUUUCAAGAUGUUGGUCACGGCGGCGAAGCAGGCGGCUCCCAGGCGGUAG